AUGUAUACCUCUUCAAACUGCGCGCAAAAGAGAGACAACGCGUCAGCGCGCAAACGAACAAAAGUGACGAGAGACAUUGGAAAAUGCAUCAGAACGACGACGCACUUCUCGCGCGCACUCCUUGAGCUUUUUCCGGGGCAAACGACGGGAAAAGAUUCACGCGACGAGAUCAUCGACCUGAUGAUCAUCUCGCCGGGGAAAGAGGACGACGACGCGCCUCCCUCUGCCGCUGCAACCGCGGACGACGACGACGCUCUUUCGCGCAAGCGACCGAGAGGAGAGGAGGAGGAGGAAAAGACGAAGAGGACGAGAGUUGAUGAGUCGGUGGCGGCGGAGGAAGCGAAGGCGAAGUCUUUGAAUGAAAACAACAAAAACAACGACGAGGACGACGACAACAAUAACAACAACAGAUCAGGCGGCACCGCGUUAAUUCGAGGCCUUCCCUCGCGAUGGGACGAGAGACGCUUUCGCCUCGCGUUGCACGAGAUGCGCGUGACGGGACACACGAAAGUUAAAAAACGAACGGGGUGGACGCACGCGUUCGUGACGUUUAACUUUCCCAAGGAGAGAGAUUAUUGCCUGAAAAAGUUACAGGAACGAGCGAAGCAGCAAAGAGAGGAGGAGGAGGAGGAAAAGGAAAAGGAAGGAAAGAGCGAUGCUGCUUCUGCUGGCGGAGCGAUGAUGAAAGGUGGCGCUUCGUCGAAAGGAUGGAAGUUCGGGAAGAAAGUGACCAUGAGCGAGGCGAGAGAUAAAGGCGGUAAGAACAGCAGCAACAACGAGGAGAAGAAGGAGAAGAAGAAAACAGCAAAAACGGAGGCGCGAGACGCGGUGUGUCCGUUGUGGAACGUGAAGUAUUCGGAACAGUUGAAAAUGAAGAAGGCGAAGGUGAGGAAGGCGUUGGCGAUGGUGACGGAACUCGUCGGGAAGGCGAACGAGAAGUUUAAGAGGAAUAAUACUAACAACAACGGGAAAGGAAGUGAUGUUGAGGGAGAAGAGGAAACCGAACAGUGGUUGAAAGACGCCAGCGCGAGGAAGAAUAAACGGUGUUGCGAUUUAGUAGGCAUCGUGCGUUCGCCGGUUCUCGAGGGAUACAGAAACAAAUCGGAGUUUACGAUUGGAAAUAAUAACCAAGGUCAGCCGACGAUUGGGUUUAACGUCGGUUUAUUCAGAGAAGGAAACGUGGCGAUUGGAGAACCCGUUGGAUGUAGGAACAUUUCAAAGGUGGCGAUUUGCGUUCAAGAAGCCGCGCAAAAGUAUCUCAGGGACGUCGCCGGUACAGAGGACGCGUUGCCGAGUUGGGAUAAGCGAAACGGGAGUGGAUUUUGGCGCUUGUUGAUUGUUCGUGAAGGUGGAUGCGCUCCGUCCAUGUUAGGUGAUAGUAAUAGUAAUAAUGAUAAUGAUAGUAAUCAAAAUUGCGCGGCUCCAGCGUGGCGCAAAUGGCUUCGAUUAGAAGAAGGCGAGAGGGACGAGGAUGAAGAAGAUGAUAACGCUGAAGUGACUGUGAAUGGCAUCGACGACGCCGAAGACGCGUUAUCGUUGGACGCUCCGACGCCAAAAGAAAACUCGGAAGUUAUGGUCGUUGUACAAAUUAAUCCAGGUAAGGAAUUCGAAGCGGCGAAAAUGGAGAAAGCGCUGAAAGGUAUUCGGGACGCCAUGGAAACCGCGGCGAGCGCGUUCAAACCGGAAUCGUUUUUUAUCACCGUGCAAUUACGUCAGCACAACGAACUCGUAUCAAACAUGGCUGCUGCGGAUGCACACACGUCCGAGCUUGUUGUUGGUGACAGAAAUACUGCGAACAACAAGCCGAUGGUUAUUUGUGAACACAUGUGCGGAUUGAAGUUUUCCUUAUCGCACUCUGCGUUUUUCCAAGUGAACACCGCCGCCGCGGAAUUGCUGUACGCCUUAGCCGGCGAGUGGGCAUCGCCGAACGGAAAUUCGUUAUUGCUCGACGUGUGUUGUGGUACUGGUACGAUCGGGUUAACCCUCGCCAAUUCGGUUGGGAAGGUUGUCGGAUUAGAUAUUGUCGAAGACGCCAUUCGCGACGCGGAGAAAAACUCAAAAUUAAACGACAGAACGAAUUGCGAAUGGAUUGCGGGAAAAGCCGAGGAUACUUUAGACGUCGUGCUGAAAAAGUACGGCGAGGACGUGAAAACAGUUGCCGGAAACACCAACGAGGAAGAGGGAAGCAAAGAUGAACACGAAGAAGAACGACGACAACAACAACAAAAACGAGAGUUCCUCUACGACGACGUCGUGGCCAUCGUCGACCCGCCUCGGUGCGGUUUACACAAAAAAGUUCUCAACGCGCUCCGCAUGGAGACCAGACUCCGCAAAAUAGUCUACGUCUCUUGUAACCCCGAGUCCAUGGCGCAAAACUGCGUCGAACUCUGCGCGUUGAGGACGAAAAACAUGGGCCCUCCCUUCCGCCCGCGAAAAGCCGCAGCCGUCGAUCUGUUCCCGCAUACCGCGCACUGCGAAGCCGUUUUGGUCUUAGAACGUUGA